GCGAACCGCCGCGCGCAUGCGUCGUUUAUUAUUUUGCGUACAUUUGCGCGCCAAAUUUAUUAAAUCGUAAUUUUUUAAGGUUAGUUUUUAAUUCGCGAAGUGACAAGUGUGGUGUAGAAAAUAACCAUAGAGGAAUUGUUUUAAAAGAUGGGCUGUGCAAGGAUAUUUUCGGCGCUGCGCCGGUGUAAGCAAUUAGAAGAUGACAAUACAACCCAGCUUUCAAGAUGUCUCGGUCUGAUAGAUUUAACUGCACUGGGAGUAGGCAGCACCUUGGGGCUAGGGGUGUACGUGCUGGCGGGUGCUGUGGCUAAGACGGUCGCAGGACCAGCUGUGACACUCAGCUUUUUAGUUGCAGCGAUAGCUUCUGCAUUUGCUGGUCUAUGCUACGCAGAGUUCGCUGCAAGAGUACCAAAAGCUGGUUCCGCUUACGUAUACAGUUACGUCAGUGUUGGUGAAUUCGUUGCUUUUACUAUCGGCUGGAACCUCAUCCUGGAGUACGUUAUUGGCACGGCCAGUGUGGCCAAAGGGAUGGCCAACUACGUCGAUAGUCUCUGCAAUAAUACUCUGGCAAAUACCAUGAUAUCCAUUGCACCGAUUAAUAUAUCAUUCCUCGCUGAUUAUCCUGAUUUCUUCGCAUUCACUUUGGUGCUUUUGAUUACUAUUCUUCUCGCGGUCGGUGUAAGUGAAUCAACUAAGAUAAACAACGUCUUCACAGCUCUUAAUAUGACUACUGUUAUCGUCGUUGUUAUUGCUGGAGCAAUGAAAAGUGAUCCAGCAAAUUGGAAGAUAAACGUUGAAGAUAUCCCAGAAGAGCAACGUGCGUCAGCGGGCGCUGGUGGAUUUAUGCCGUGGGGCGUCGCUGGUGUGAUGGCCGGCGCUGCUAAGUGUUUCUUCGGUUUUGUCGGCUUCGAUUGCGUGGCGACCACCGGCGAGGAGGCGAAGAACCCUAAGCGAGAUAUACCCCUUUCCAUCGUGUUGUCUCUGGUCAUCAUAUUUGCGUCGUACUUCAGUAUCGCCACUGUUCUUACCAUGAUGUGGCCGUAUUACCUUCAGGACGCAGAUGCACCAUUCCCGUACGUAUUCACUCAGGUGGGUAUGCCAGUGGUGAGGUGGCUGGUGACGGGGGGCGCGGUGUGCGCGCUCUGCACCAGCCUGCUGGGCGCCAUGUUCCCGUUGCCGCGGGUACUGUACGCUAUGGCGAGCGACGGCGUCCUCUUCAGACCCCUUGCUGCUAUCAACACCAAGACAAAAACACCCAUGCUUGCGACAAUACUUAGCGGAUUGUUAUCUGCGAUCAUGGCGGCAAUCUUCAACCUCAACCAGCUGAUAGAUAUGAUGUCAAUCGGUACACUACUCGCCUACACCAUUGUUGCGACUAGCGUACUUAUUCUCAGAUACGAGGAGAACGGAGAGUUGCAGUUGAAGAACGGCAAGCCAGUGCCGGAGAGUGCGUACAGCGUGGUGCGGCAACUCUUCAACCUGCUCGGUCUGAAACACCCCACAGAGCUGUCCGCUAACAUCGCCAAAUGGAGCAUUGGAAUAUUAGGCGUGGCGGCGCUGUGCACGUUUGCGGCGCUGCGCUGGGAGGCGUCGGCGCAGCAGCAGCUGGCGCUGGCGGCGGCGGGCGCGGGCGUGCUGCUGGCGCUGCUGCUGGUGCUGUACCGCCAGCCCAGGAACGACGUCGCACAUCUCACAUUCACGGUGCCUCUCGUGCCGCUGGUGCCGUACCUCAGCGUCUGCAUGAACCUGUACCUCAUGAUGCAGCUGGACUACCAGACCUGGGUGCGGUUCAUCAUCUGGCUUGCUAUAGGUUACCUAAUAUAUUUCAUUUACGGGAUCAGAAACAGCUCGUUAAGAAUACAAUCCAUGAAACCGACAAAGAACGGCAUAGAAGAGAAGCACGUCGUAACAAAAUUCUAACAUCUUAGACAUUUGCAAACGCUACAAGACAUGCUAUCUCUCUCACUUCCCUUUGAAUAAACAGAGAUAGAUAUUUUGAACCAAUAUUUUGAGUAAAUCGGAAGAUAUUUGACAAAUUGACAUUAUAUUUUUAUUCUAUAAGUGUUUUUGGUAUGUACGAAGUGUGAUAUUUUUAGUUUUAGUAAAUUUAAUUAUAAUUGGGUUGAAAUUUUAAAUAAAUUACACUCAUAUUCACUUAAUGGUUACUAAUUUCUUUAGAGUAUUUCUCCACUAAGGGAUUCCUUUAACCAUUAAGCGACUUUGAGUGUUAAUAUAGUUUAUAUUUGAUUUAUAACUUUGCCAUGUUAUAGAUAAUUUUUAAUAGUUUAAUAUUAAAAUAUAUUAAGUAUAGAUUAUUGCUCAAUAAGAUAAUUUGAAACGCCUAGCGUGUCUAAUGUGAUAAAACGGGACGUUUGAUUCCAAAAAAAAAAUAACUUAUUAAGUCGCCGAUUUUGAAUUUUCAGUCAAAUUUUCAGUUUAUUCCCUAUUUACUGUUACUUUAAAAGACGUUAGUGGCCUUUAGUGUAGAUUUCUAUAUAGUCUACCCUAAGGGACGCUUAAUGAUUUAUAUAAAGUUUUACAACUCUGUGUAUACCAAUUGGAAGUUCUACCAUAUUAAAAUAGCCCAGAAAUGUUUAAUUUUUAAGAUGAAAAUAUUAUUUUCAUAUAAUUCUAUUUACUUGAGUGAGAUUUUAUAACAAGUUG